UAUCUGCCUGCUGUGGGGCUCCUCCCCGUUGGGAAUAUAAGCCCAGCCCGGGGCUGCUCCGUUCUCUGCCUGGCCUGAGGCUGCCUGAGCCGCCUCCCCACCUUCACCAUGGCCAAGGGCUUCUACAUUUCCAAGUCCCUGGGUAUCGGGGGAAUCAUCCUGGGCGUGGCAGCCCUGUGCACCAUCAUCGCACUGUCGGUGGUGUAUGCCCAGGAGAAGAACAAGAACGCCGAGAGCUCCCUCGGGGCUGCCACCACCACUACAUCCGCCUCAGGCACCACCACCACUACAUCCGCCUCAGGCGCCACCACCACAUCCACCUCAGCCACCACCUUGGACCAAAGCAAACCGUGGAACCGUUACCGCCUCCCCAACACACUGAAACCCGAUUCCUACCAGGUGACGCUGCAACCCUUCCUCACCCCCAAUGACCAGGGCCUGUAUGUCUUCAAUGGCUCUAGCACCGUCCGUUUCACCUGCGUGGUAGCCACCGACGUCAUCAUCAUCCACAGCAAGAAGCUCAACUACACUCUCUUCGAGGGGCACCGGGUGGUCCUGCGUGGUGUGGGAGGCUCCCAAGCCCCCGACAUCGAGAGGACCGAGCUGGUGGAGCCCACCGAGUACCUGGUGGUCCACCUCAAGAGCUCCCUGGUGAAGGACAGCCAGUAUGAGAUGAGCAGCACGUUCGUGGGGGAGCUGGCUGAUGACCUGGCAGGCUUCUACCGAAGCGAGUACAUGGAUGGCAAUGUCAAAAAGGUGGUGGCCACGACGCAGAUGCAGGCCGCGGACGCCAGGAAGUCCUUCCCAUGCUUUGAUGAGCCAGCCAUGAAGGCUGAGUUCAACAUCACACUCAUCCACCCCAGUAACCUCACGGCUCUGUCCAACAUGCUUCCUAAAGGUCCCAGCAUCCCACUUCCAGAAGACCUCAACUGGGUGGUCACCGAGUUCUACCCCACACCCAAGAUGUCCACGUACCUGCUGGCCUUUAUCAUCAGCGAGUUCACCUACGUGGAUAAGCAGGCCUCCAACGGCGUCUUGAUCCGGAUCUGGGCCCGGCCCAGUGCCAUUUUGGCAGGCCACGGCGAUUAUGCCCUCAACGUGACAGGCCCCAUCCUUAACUUCUUUGCCAGUCAUUACAACACAUCCUACCCACUCCCAAAAUCAGACCAGAUCGGCCUGCCUGACUUCAAUGCUGGCGCCAUGGAGAACUGGGGGCUGGUGACCUACCGGGAGAACUCCCUGCUGUUCGACCCCCUGUCCUCCUCCAGCAGCAACAAGGAGCGGGUGGUCACUGUGAUCGCUCACGAGCUGGCCCACCAGUGGUUCGGGAACCUGGUGACCGUGGAGUGGUGGAAUGACCUGUGGCUGAAUGAGGGCUUUGCCUCCUACGUGGAGUACCUGGGAGCUGACUAUGCAGAGCCCAGCUGGAACCUGAAAGAUCUCAUGGUGCUGAACGACGUGUAUCGCGUGAUGGCCGUGGAUGCCCUGGUCUCCUCCCACCCGCUGUCCACUCCCGCCUCGGAGGUCAGCACGCCGGCUCAGAUCAGCGAGCAGUUUGACUCCAUCGCCUACAGCAAGGGCGCCGCAGUCCUCAGGAUGCUCUCCAGCUUCCUGUCCGAGGAUGUGUUCAAGCAGGGGCUGGCGUCCUAUCUGCACACCUUUGCCUACAGUAACACCAUCUACCGGGACCUGUGGGAUCACCUGCAGGAGGCUGUGAACAACCGGUCCGUCCAGCUCCCCACCAACGUGAGCAGCAUCAUGGACCGCUGGACUCUGCAGAUGGGCUUCCCACUCAUCACGGUGAACACCGGCACCGGGGCCAUUUCCCAGGAGCACUUCCUCCUUGACCCGGAUUCCACCGUCACCCGCCCCUCGGAUUUCAACUACCAGUGGAUUGUGCCCAUCACGUCCAUCCGAAAUGGCACACAGCAGGCGGACUACUGGCUGACGGAGGCACAAGAAAACAACGGGCUCUUCAGAACGUCAGGUGAUGAGUGGGUCCUGCUGAACCUUAACGUGACGGGCUAUUACCGGGUGAACUACGACGAGGACAACUGGAGGAAGAUUCAGACUCAGCUGCAGACAGACCGGUCGGUCAUCCCUGUCAUCAAUCGGGCGCAGAUCAUCAAUGACGCCUUCAACCUGGCCAGUGCUCAUAAGGUCCCUGUCACUCUGGCACUGAACAACACCCUCUUCCUGAUCGAUGAGACAGAGUACAUGCCCUGGGAGGCCGCCCUGAGCAGCCUGAGCUACUUCAAGCUCAUGUUCGACCGCUCUGAGGUCUACGGGCCCAUGAAGAACUACCUGAAGAAGCAGGUCACACCCCUCUUCUUUCACUUCAGAAAUACCACCAACAACUGGACUGUGAUCCCAGAAAACCUGAUGGACCAGUACAGCGAGAUUAAUGCCAUCAGCACCGCCUGCACCAACGGACUUCUGGAGUGCGAGCAGAUGGUCUCUGACCUUUUCAAGCAGUGGAUGGCGAACACCAGUAAUAACCCGAUCCACCCCAACCUGAGGUCCACCGUCUACUGCAAUGCCAUCGCCCAGGGCGGCGAGGAGGAGUGGAACUUCGCCUGGGAGCAGUUCCGGAGCGCCACGCUGGUCAAUGAGGCCGACAAGCUCCGGGCAGCUCUGGCCUGCAGCAACCAGGUGUGGAUCCUGAACAGGUACCUGAGCUACACCCUGAACCCUGACUUAAUCCGGAAGCAGGACGCCACCUCCACCAUCAUCAGCAUUGCCAACAAUGUCGUUGGGCAAACUCUGGUCUGGGACUUUGUCCAGAGCAACUGGAAGAAGCUCUUUAAUGAUUACGGUGGUGGCUCGUUCUCCUUCUCCAACCUCAUCCAGGGAGUGACGCGACGCUUCUCCACCGAGUAUGAGCUGCAGCAGUUGGAGCAGUUCAAGAAGAACAACGAGGACACAGGCUUCGGCUCAGGCACCCGGGCGCUGGAGCAGGCCCUGGAGAAGACGAGAGCCAACAUCAAGUGGGUGAAGGAGAACAAGGAGGUGGUGCUCCAGUGGUUCACAGGAAACAGCAAAUAGUCCCCAGACCUCAAAGCUACCUGGCCCCAUGCGUGGGGCUCAUGGUGUCCAGCCCAUGUUCUCUCUGCCUGUGAGCCAGUCUAGUUGCUGAUGACGAGGCUGUCCGAGCACCUCCCAGUCCCUGCCCCUUGUGCCAACCCUGCCCCAGGCCUGGCAUGACGCCUGUCGCCCAGGACCCUGGGGCUGAUCUCAGGGAAGCCCCGCUCCAGGGCCAGAUGAGCAGGAGCUCUUGGUGGACAAUGGACGGCCUGGGGAGGCCGCCCUGUACCCCCUCAAACCUUUCCCAAAAGACCCCAAAUCGGAGGAAUCAACAGGGCAGCAGAUCUUUAUUUUUUUUUUUUCUAAGAGAAAAUGUAAAUAAAGGAUUUCUAGAUGA